AAUAAAAGUCUCGAUUGCUAAUUGUGAAAAAAACCUUUCUUUUUCAUACAGAAAUUAAUAACGAUCAAAAAUUACAAUAUCAAACCUUUAAAAUUCAAAAUAACAAUUCUGUCAUUUCAAACUGGAUACGUAACUUUUAUUCAUAUACUAGAUGUUACUCCUAAUGGAGGUACACAUGCCUGUUUCAGUGUUAUAUUCGAAGAGCGUAAGUAUAUCGUUGCCUAGCAGCGGUAAAAUGUAAACAUAGCGUAAUAAGCGCUCGUUGAUUUUGAUAAAUGUAUCUGCACGAUUAUUUUAAUCCGAGUACGUAGUGAAUUGUUGAAAAACAUGGAAACGUGGAAAAACUCGGUUGUCACAGCUUCUGAUCGCAUUUUUCCCGGUUUAGCGUGCCAUGAUAGAAAAAAGGAGUUUUACGAUAUUGGAAAUAGAAUAAAGUCAAAUCUGCCACUCCAAAUUGCUCUAUAUUUGAAUACUCGGCUGUUUCCCAUAUGGAUUCUCGUUCUUGUAUACUACUUGGAUUUAAAAUAUUACGAGCUUUCGAAGGUCUACAAGUUCGUCUCUGUCGCGGCAUUUCUCACAGCAGCAACCUUGGAAUGUGCAAGGCUCUACUUGGGGUAUGUUGGCAAUCUCGGCGAAAAAAUCCCGGAACUGGCCAGCUUCUGGCUCAUUUCAACUCUGCUACAAUUCCCGCUGUUGAUGUUCCUAGUGUUCGACAGAAACUCCAUGUAUUACCGAAACGAAAGGAUCAUCAAUGGGAUAGCAUUGGCGUUUCUAACCGCCGAAAUCGUAACCGGCACAAUUGUCUUGAAAAUGUCGGCCGAUUAUCACGCCAAGCGAUUUUUCAUGGCUCAGAUGUACGGUAUCGACAAUACGCUGAAAUAA